ACUUGAUAGCAGAGGGUUGAGAUGGUCGUUAAUACCUGGGGCUCCCCGGGUUUGUUCACAACAACAGAGGAAGCCGCACCAGCUCUGACCAAAUAAAGCCCAGUCGCGAUUUCCAGACCCUGUUUUGGGACCAUAUUAACAGAAACUGACGUGAGCGUGUUCCUGUGCGAGCGGGCUCCGUCCGUCUACUGAUAGCUAUUGUUUGUGCCGAGCUAGCUUUGUCCUUUACUCGCAUUCACAGCUGUGGUGGGUUGCUGAUAUAUUUAUAUCAACUCGUUGGAGGAAUAUGGCUCAGCAUGGACAUCAUGUAGCCAGUUCCCAAAAAGCACUAAUGCUGGAGAUGAAAAGUCUCCAAGAUGAGCCCGUCGAAGGCUUCAAAAUAACUUUGGUGGACGAGUCGGACAUGUACAACUGGGAAGUAGCGAUAUUCGGACCCCCAAAUACACACUACGAGGGUGGUUAUUUUAAGGCUCGGAUCAAGUUCCCCAUCGACUACCCAUACUCUCCACCUGCUUUCCGCUUCCUCACCAAAAUGUGGCACCCCAACAUUUACGAGAAUGGAGAUGUAUGCAUCUCCAUCCUGCACCCACCAGUGGAUGACCCACAGAGCGGGGAGUUGCCUUCAGAGAGGUGGAACCCAACACAGAACGUCAGGACCAUCCUGCUCAGUGUGAUCUCUCUGCUGAAUGAACCCAACACCUUCUCCCCAGCCAACGUGGACGCCUCCGUCAUGUACCGCAAGUGGAGGGACAGCAAGGGCAAGGACAGAGAAUACAUCGAGAUCAUCAGGAAACAAGUUCUGGCUACCAAAGCUGACGCAGAGCGGGACGGCGUCAAGGUUCCCGUCACGUUGGACGAGUACUGUGUCCGCACCCAAGUCCCGCCCACAGACGACGGCUCUAACCUCUUAUACGACGACUACUACGACGACGAGGAGCUGGAUGAGGAUGACGAGGAUGAGGACGACAACGAGGACUGUUGCUAUGAUGAUGACGAUUCGGGCACCGAGGACUCCUGACCUCGCCCCCCUUGAUGUCACCCCCUGACCUGACCCCCCCACACACACACCGCCCUCUCUGAACUGAACUUUAAUUCCCUGUCCCCUCUUCUUCUUCUUCCUGAACCCCGCCAACCCCUUCAUCAUCACUUAGCACAGCCCCCCUGUUUACCUUCUGUCACAUGUGCAGUCACAAUAUGCACACUAAAAGCUGAUACAUCGAAGAAAGAAAGCUACAGAAUUGUUGGUUUAUUUUCUCGUUUCUUAUUUUUCAGUUAUUUUGUCUGAGUAGAGGUUACACGUGUUACCCACAGCAGUCCAACUUAGAGUGCUGACAGCUGAUUUGAAUUUCCUCAUAUUGUCAAGGUGCAGAAGCUCCAACAACAUUUCAUGUUCCUGCUGCGAAUGAACAAAGCCUCUGUAAAGGGCAAGUUUCAAUCUACGUUUUCUCAGCAGGGUGGAAUGUAACGUCACAGGUCAGGUCGCAGCAGAGUAAAACAAGCAAAAUUGGCCCACGAAAUGUGCAUCUCUGAGCCGUGUGUGUGUGUGUAUUGGUGUGUGUGUGUUAGACUUCUGAGUUAGCAGGCUGUGCAAAGCCCUGCCACGCUUCACCUCUGACCUUCUCAAGCCCCUGGGCUUGUUGCUGCUUCAAACAGAGAAGUUAUUAAUUUAAAAAAAAAAAAAAAGAAGAAAGGAAAAAAAAGCGGUUGUUCACACUCCCUCGUGCCUUCCCUCACUCCCUUACAUCACAGAUCUGAAUGACUUGUGUAUAAACACAGCAGGUCAAAGCCAGACAAGCAAAGGUAGCAGAGGGGAGAUGUUCAGGCUCACAAGGUCGCACGAAUAAGUUUUAUUUAUAGCAGCACCUGUCAGAUUUGUCCAGGCGGUGAGUGAGAUAGGUAAGAUCCCGACAGCUGAAGAGAGGAAUGGAAUGUAGAUCAGAAUCACACCAACGUCCUCUACCGACUGCCACACAGCCUUCAUCACACAAUCACAUGCUACCAGUGGCCUGGAUGCAUAACGAAACAGCUAUCCAAGCCUGCUGCUACUCAUGAAAUCCAAUGUACUGUAUUUAAAAUAAAACCUAUGCAGUCAGUGCUUGAACCUACUUAAUAUGCAGUGCUUUAAACGUGGCAGUGAGGGCCUUUCAACCGUGUGAACUCGCCUCCAGCUUGAGUUUUUAUAAGCCAGCUAUGGACUGACUGCAGUUAGAGACGGACAUGUGCAGAGGUAUCCGUAUUUACAUUCGUAGGUGGUUUGUUGUUCUAACUCAGAGUAGUCUCCAGCACAGAGGAAACAAGGAGUGAGAUUGUGCACUCAGCAGAGCUCGCCCUCUGGUGGUGGCUGUGUGUACAGGCAGUUUUCUUUUUUUCUUCUUCGGCUUCUCACCUCUGUGAAAUGCCCGAAUGGGCCGCAGCCAUCUUGCCUCACCUGAAUCAAUGAACCCUGUUACCUCGAAGCAGUGUGAGUGAUUCAGAAGAAAGAAAAUGGCUUGACUGACAGUUGGGGUUUUUUUUGUUGUUGUUUUUCUCUCUCUGAGGCCCUGUGGUUUCUUCUCUCUGCCAGGAAGUGCUCACUCUGCUGCACUCUCAAGACACAUGACCACCACCCAGCAGUGUUUUUCCGAUGAAAUUCUCAACCGUCUUUCUGUUGAGAAUGUCCGCUGAUCCGUUUUUAUAAGAUGUGCUGAGAAGUGUGGAAGUGAAGAAGCGCAGGAAUGGGAAGGCAUGGGGAGACGGGAUUGACCUUUUGAGCAUGAACAGAAGGUUGUGGUUGUCCACUAGCAUGCUGUUAUGAUGUGUUUGUGGUUUUAGAUCUGAUAUAAGGGUUGGGGUUGUGUCCAGGGACGGAGGUCCUCCACUCAAUUCAAUCUAAAACUGUUGCAUUGUGAAUGGGCUGAGGGUUGUCUGUUGCGUUUUUUGGGAGGGGAGGCUCUUUUACGUUUUUGAUGUGAUCUUGUAUUUCCAAAUUGUGGCGUGUGCUGCGAUGUUUUCUUAUAUAUAUAUAUAUCUAUAACAUGCUACGAAUAUUGACCUGAUUGUUUAAAAAAAAAACCCCAGGAUUGUUCAUGGAAGAAUGAGUAAAUCUACCAACUUAUUAUACACAACUAUCAAACGGCAGAGAAGUUCUGCACAUCCAAAUUGACACAGCAUGCCAGACAGUAAUUAUUGGCCGCCUGUCAAGCCCUGAAUGCUCGGAAAUGAGUUCUCCGAUGUCCAACGCAGCCUAUGAAUGAUCCUCCCUCCUCUGUUUUGAUUAUUAAGGGUGAAUGGGAUUUAUUUUUUGUCAAACUACUGUUAUUUUUUUUAUUUUAUUUUAAUUUUCUUAAUCGUCUUUCUUCCCCACGCGUCCCCCAGUUCUCUGAGCUCUGAAUGGUUGGCAGCAUCACUGAGGGGAAAACCCAGCAGUUGAUUAUAGAAAAACUACAAGAACCUCAGGAAAUAAAUAAAAACAAACAAACAAACAAUCGUUUUCCAACCCGACCCCGGGGAGUCUCAUUUUUUGGCUUCAAAGGACUGUUUACAAUCUCUACCUUGAUAUGCACAUGUGGAUAUUUGACGAUCACUUGAUG